UCUGCUAUUAGAAUAAUUUCAUUUCAGUAAUUUGAUUUGUAUGUUAAUGCCAUUGAAGUUUGCUCCAACAUACUUUCUUUCACGUGGAAAAGGGAAACUCUAAAGUUUUCUUAUUCAAAAAUCCAAUAAUUGGAUUUAAGAAAAAUAAAAAAUGAUGGCUAUGAACUUAAUCUAUUGGAUUUAAGAAAAAUCCAAUAGAUUGAAUACAUUAAUCUCUUUUAGCUCACCGAAAUAGAAAAAGCAUAAAUUCUCUUUCCUUCGUCGAGCUAGAGACAUCAAGAUCUCUGAGCAGAUUAUACUCAGGAUUUUUUUUUGCAUGCAUGAAAUAAACGUGCAGCUGUUAUCCUAUAUAAGGAGUGUGUGCAGGCUUAAUUUCCCACACCAAACCAAUCCAUAGUUAAACAAGCAACAAAACUAUGCCAGUUUCCACAACCACUGUCUCUCCCAUUCCUCUCUCUCAUUUCAAAAAAGAUCAAGCAACAGGAGAAGAAGAUGAUUUGAAGCUAACCCAUGAAUGCAAAGAAUUGCUUCUUUCUCUUCCUAAAGAAAGAGGUUGGAGAACUCCUUACAUCUAUCGAUUUCAAGGCUUUUGGUGCCAGCCAAAGGAAAUUCAAGCCAUUUUGUCUUUCCGGAAACAUUUUCAAGCAAGAAAUGGUGAUGUUGUUUUAGCCACAGUACCAAAAUCAGGCACUACAUGGCUUAAGGCCUUAGUUUUUGCAAUCUUGAAUAGAAAUCUUUAUCCAUUAAACUCAAAUUCACAUCCUUUACUUGUUUCAAAUCCUCAUGAUCUUGUUCCUUUCUUAGAAUACAAAAUUUAUGCAAAUAAUCAAAUUCCUGAUCUUUCAAAAUUUCCUGAGCCUGGUAUUUUUGCUACCCAUGUCCCAUUUGCUGCCGUGAAAGAAUCAAUCAACAAGUCCAGUUGCAAAAUUGUUUAUAUUUGUAGAAACCCUUUUGACACUUUCAUCUCUUCUUGGAUUUUCUGUAGUAAAAUCGGGGCAGAAAAUUUCCCUUCAUUGUCAAUAGAGGAAGCUUUUAACAUGUAUUGUAAUGGGACUAUUGGGUUUGGUCCAUUUUGGGAACACAUGUUGGGAUAUUGGAAAGAAAGCCAAGAAAGACCAGAAAAAGUCCUCUUCUUGAAAUAUGAAGACUUGAAAGGAGAUAUUACAUUCCAUUUGAAUAAAUUAGCUAAAUUUCUAGGUUGCCCUUUUUCAAUGGAGGAACAGAAACAAGGUAUAGUUGAAGAGGUAGCUAAGCUUUGUAGCUUUGAGAACUUGAAGAAUUUAGAAGUGAACAAAACAGGAAAGGCUAUUAUGAAUUUUGAAAAUAGACACUUAUUCAGGAAAGGUGAAAUUGGAGAUUGGGUUAAUUAUUUGUCUCCCUCUAUGGUGGAGCAACUGAAACAAGUCAUGGAGGAAAAGUUGGGUGGUUCAGGUCUUGAGUUCAAGGUGUUUGCGUAGCUAGGGAAAAUUAAUUAAGCACUGCCUCUAUUUGGCAAUAUCUCUAUCUGUAAUGCAUGGAAUGGAAUUAUUCACUAGUACUUGAGAGUUUAUUUACAAGCACUUGAUGUAAAUAAUGUGAGAUAUAGUGAUAUUGUGUGUAAUUUUAUGUAAUGAAGCAUGAAUUAAUUACUGUAUAAAUUAUGUAAA